AUGUCGUUCGGCAGUUUUGAGAACGUCGGCUCUUUUAUAAGGGACUGUAACGGUUCUGUAUUACGAUUCGAUCAAGCUUGUUUACAAAUUAUAACAAACGAAGAUGUGAGAUUUUUGAGUCAAUAUGAAGAAUGCGAGGGAUGUGUUCUUCUGGGAACUGCUAAUAUAUCGGAGACUCGUAGCUUGGUGCUGGGUACGGGAAGCCCGCUGAACUAUGAAGUGAGAAAUGGCAAUGGGCUUAUAUGUAAUGGCACCUAUCAGUUCGGUGAAUAUGGCCAGUAUAUCCUGAACGUCACUGACGUCAAAACUGACACAUGCCUUCCGCGGAUGACAGCGGAACCGGAUGCGGCGUACCUGCCAAUUCUGACAGCUGUCGUCAUUCUCUUGUCUAUGGCCACUCUCUGGUAUGUCGUGAAAGGAGUCGGAAAGAGAAUUGUCGCUGGUCGGCUGUAUGCUAGAUAUUUUGCAAGAGAGGACAAUGAAUUGGGCUCAGAGACUCGAGUGCUAACUGCCGAAGCCAGUGUCCCGAGGUCACCGACACGUUCCCGACUGCGAUCACUCGACAUCUUCCGAGGAUUCGCCAUCGCUCUCAUGAUCUUCGUGAACGCGGGCGGCGGUGGUUACGGCGUGUUCUCCCACAGUGUAUGGAACGGUCUGACUGUGGCCGACGUCGUGUUCCCGUGGUUCGCCUUCGCCAUGGGAGAGGCUCUGGUACUCUCACUCAACGCUAGACUCAGGACUUCAUUGCCCAGGAUCAAUGCUUUGCAACAGGUCGCAACUCGCUCCCUUAUGCUCUGCCUCAUAGGCAUAGUGCUCGGCUCCUCCAACUCGUCAUGGAUCGACGUUCGACUCCCCGGCGUGUUACAACGCCUGGCCGCCAUGUAUCUCAUUGUGGGAGCUCUGGAGUGCGCCUUCAUGAGGACUAGUCAGGAUAUCACGCCAGGUCGUUCCCUAUUCCGUGACAUCAGCGCUGGUUGGCAGCAAUGGUUGGCUACAUUAUUGCUCGUCGCUAUACAGGUGUGUAUAACCCUGUUAGUGCCUGCGCCAGGAUGUCCCCGCGGGUAUAUGGGACCCGGCGGCCUACAUCUGUCAGCAGUCAGCAAUGUGUCUCUACAGAACUGUACUGGAGGUAUCGCUGGGUACAUUGACAGACUGAUCCUAGGCCCCGCUCACUUAUACCAGCGUGGCUCUUUCCGUAAGAUAUAUCAUACCACAGUGCCUCACGACCCUGAAGGCUUGCUGGGCAUCCUCUCCGGAGUCUUCGUAGUCCAAGCCGGCGCACACGCCACCAGAAUCAUGCUGGCUUACAACCAUGCUAGGGCACGCAUAAUGCGUUGGGUAUUCUGGUCUAUAAUCUUCGGUGUCUCUGGCGGUGCUCUAUGCAUGUUCUCGAAGAACGGAGGCGUUAUACCUGUCAACAAGAAUCUAUGGUCGAUCUCCUACUGUUUAGUGACGUCAUCGAUGGCCAUGUUCAUACAAGCCGUUCUGUACUUCAUCGUGGAUCUGAAGACUAAGUGGGGAGGACGGCCUUUGUAUUACGCUGGUCAAAACGCCCUAUUCCUGUACAUAGGCAGUGAACUCCUAAAACGCCAUUUCCCCCUCUACUGGGCACUUAUAGCACCGACGCAUGCGCAGCUACUGGCUACCCAUGCCGCCGCCAUGUUGAUUUGGCUGGCCGUCGGCGUAGCAUUGCAUAGGAAACGCAUCUUUAUCACUUUGUAA